ACACAAAAAACAAGAAACAACCAUUCAAGAGGUAGGAGAAACUAAAUGUUUCGUUGGUUAAGUUUUGCGCCCGAGUUUUUCCAACCUAUCCAACUGCACAGUAGUGGUUCUCUUUGUUCCCUACAUAUCGCUGUUCUGGCUGGCUUUAGAAGCUCAUUAUGUAUGUUGGCGAAACUCAUGGUUCGCGUGUUAAGACAUUGAGUUAGGCUGAUAGUUUCAAACAAAAUUAAUAGCAAAAAGAGGUCUAGCUAUGGAUCUAAGUUCAGAUGAAGAGACAACAUUCACCCAUCGUAAAUCUUCAGCCAAGAAAAUAUUUGAUAGUGAUGAAGAAACAGAUGAGGUAGCUGGAGAAAAUUUGACGGAGGCCACUGAAGAUUUCAAACUACAUCUCUCUGAUGAUGAAGAUGAAGGCAAUGGCUAUAUUGCUGCCAGAGCAAGACCAAAUUCAACAGACAAAAUUGUUACAUCACCUAACAAGGCGGGAGACAGUUCAAAUGAAGAAGACAACAAUGAGGAGUCUAAUGCCUCCUCACCACCCAGUCCCAUCUUGGAAUCUGGCAAGUUAAAUGUAACAAAAAAUAGCUCUCAAAGUCCACCAGCCUUAUCAGUAGCUGACGACAUUAGGAAAAAAUUAAGUGCCCUGGCGGAUUCUGAAUCAGAAUCUGAUGUAGACGGUGAUCUUCGACCUGUAUCCAAAAGUGCUAGUAAGAAGAAAAGUCGUUCCAAAAACAAGCAGGGCUCUGAUUCUGACUCUGACCCCACUAGAUGUGACAGCGAAGGUGAGAAGAAAGCAAAGUCUAUUACUAAAGGAAAGAAACCAAAUCUAGGACCUGAAAGGAAGAGUAAAACCAAUGCCAAAAGUGCUAUGCUUGAGAUUAAAGCUGAAAGUCAGCGGCAACUGCGGCAAUCCAACAUUGGACUUCCAUACCAUGUCCCCAAGCAAAGAUCUCUGCUGGAUUUCUUGAACCGUCGAAAAUCAUCGUCUCCCAUGCCAAUCAAAGGUCCCACUGAGCAGCUUGUUAAAGUUUGGAAGCAAAUUGAGGAACGUGAAAGAGAAGUUGAAGAAUUUUACAAAUCGGAAUCAGAGCAUGAAAGUGAUUCUGAGAAUGGAGAAUCUACCCAAGAUGUGGGAAUGGAUGGGAAUACUGCUGAAAGUGGCUCUCUAAAGGAUGCUGACACAACACCAAGUAAGGACCAUCUGCAUGAUAAGAACAUAAACCCUGUUAACAGUGUGGUCAGCUGUGAAGACAACAGAUUAGAAACUACUUCGUGCUCAUCAGAAGUUAUGAAGACAACCUGUGAAGCAGAAGAGGAGACGAGUUCUGUUAUUUCUGACUCACAAACUGCUGAUCGGAACUUAAUUAAUAAAACUGAUGAAAUUGCAUGUGACACUUCAAUGAGUGAAGAGCCUACUGAUGCUAUUUCUACAGAUGCUAAAGAAAUUGAAGAUGGAACAAUCACGCAAGUGUUGACAGAUGCUGAAGAAGAAGUUGGAACUAACAACCUUCUAAAUAAAAUAGAACCAAGGACUGAUAAUGUUGAAAGAAAAUCCUCAGAUGCUCAACCUACUAAAAAGGUAGUAUCAUGUCAUACUCAAGGCUCACAGGACAUAAGUUUACAAUUGAGUGAGACUCAAAAUUUAUUAGAGGAAUCAAAAAAUGCACAUCAAGAGAGAACAAUAGCCGAAGAUCUUGCAAAAACUACAGACAAUGGUUUAAGUGAAAAUGAGGGUAAGAACUCAAAAACUUGGGCCGAGUUAAAUUCCGAGAUGAAGUUAUUGGAUGGUGAAGAUUCUGAAUCAGAGGAUGUUUCUGUCAAAGAGGCCACAGCCAUGAAGGUGCCAAAAUUGUCCACUGGCCCACGGUUGAGUCUCAAAGGGGCUCCUGAUGAAUUGAUCGAUCUGGAUGACAUGAGUUCUAUUCAAUCUGUGACCCCAGGAGUUAAAGGCCUCAUUGAAAGAUUCAUGAAGCAUUCAGGAUCUAAGAAAAAAAACAACAGAGCACAAACUGUUGAGUUGAGUGUGAUAUCCUCAGAAAAGGAUAAUGUCGGAGAUGUCCAAGAAGUCAAACAUGAAUCCAUUAAAAUUGUUCUGAGUGGAGAUGAUAACACCCGGUCUGAUCCAACUCCAGGUGCACGAUUAAAGUUGUUGAAAAACGAACUGAACUUGAAGAUGCGGAAACAAAAAGAAGAAGAAUGGUUAAAAAAGCAGGAAGAAAUGAAAAAUGAUGAAGUUUUUCUAGGUGAAAAGGAUGAUUGUGAUAUGUUACCUGAUGAGGAGGAUGAAGAAGAGAUGACAGACAGUGAAGCAGAAUCUGAACCUGAAAUCAAUGAUGUCAGGGAGCCCAAGAAGAAAAAGAGGUUUAAGGGCUUAUUUGUUGACGAGGAAGCUGAAGUUGAAGAUGAUGAAAAUGCUGGAGGUAGUAAUGAUGACGAGGAUGACAACGACAGUACAAGUGACGAUGACAAUGACAAUAAUGAAAUUGACAACGUACUGGAGGAUGAUGUGGAAUGUAAAGAAAACAGCAAUGGUGACAAAGAAACCAACAUUGAGAAACCAGGUAGCCUGAGGAGGACAUUGACCUCAGUUUCUGAUCUUUUUGCCUCUCAGUCUACUGAAUGGCAAGAUGAUGACGAUGACGAUUUCAUUCCUGCGGGUCAGCCAAACCGCUUAACAUGUGGUGAAUCAGUAAGCCAUAAAGACAAUGAGCAACAAAUAAUAUUCUCCCCCAUUACUCUAAGCCUCCCUAGUACAACACAAAAUUUUUUGGAUGCAGACCCAGACUCAGAAUUAACACCUCCUAAAGUUUCAUGGCCAAAUGAAUCUAAAUCUCAAAACAGUAUCAAAAAACUUUUCACUGAGCCAGAACCCAGCAGUACACAGGAAAAAUUAGAUGAAUUGGCUCAAUUAUUUGGAGCUAAGUUUAAUGAUUCUCAGGAAAAAAUACCAGGUCUUGCAAACACAUCUUGCAAUGAGGAGUCUGAAACUGAUUUAAUGGCUCUUUGCUCUGGAAAAUUUGUUACUCAGCUACCACGUCCACAGGAUUUAGAAGAUGCUGGAAAACUUUUAAACUCUCAGUUCCUAUCUCAGGAUUCAGAAGCUGAGUCCUCUCAAACAGUAAAAGUGACUGACGAAGAUUCUGUGGAUUUCAGUCUUAAGUUUGAUGGGGAUAUGAAGGCUGGAGAGGACGAUGAUGUGUCAAAGGAGAAGUUCAGAUUGGAGAUAAUGUCAUCUGAUGAGGAUGAUGAGAUGGAGAAAAGAAAGACAGAGAAAAAGAAGAGACAUAGAAAAUUAGAAUUUUCAGAUGAUGAGGAAGAUCCUGUCCCAAAAGGCACAUCUGAGCCAGAAUUAAGUGAUGAUGAUAGUGACGCUCCUAGCACUGAAAAUAAGAAGCUCUUUGGAAUAUUCUCUAAAGAGCCAAAUGAAGUGUUUUAUGAUUCAGAUGAGAAUGAAAUUGAUGCUGGUACUUUCCUUGAAAAAGAAGCUGAACUCUCUGAAGAAGAAGAUUGGCAAGGUAGUGAUGAUGAAGAUGAAAAAGGAUUGGAUCAACUAGAAAUGAAUGAAGCAGACAAGGAAGAUAUUGAUCAAGAUCUUGUCAGGGAGCAACUCGUUAAAAAUCAUAUGCAGAAAAUGCUUGAUGAAGAUCGUCGUGAUGUUCGUAUUUUACAAGAAAUGCUUUUAGAAGAUGGCGAGUUGCACUCUGAAAAUGGUGGCAGGGAGCGACAAUUUAGAUGGAAAAACGUUGAUUCAACGGGCCUGGAAGAUGAUGGCCAUAGGUCAGAUGAGGAAAAUGCUGGUCAUGAUGAAGAUGAAGAUGAUGCUGAAUGGCGCAAGCUUAGACAUGAGCGAGAAAUGUUUUUGAAAGAGCAGCGAGAGAAGCAAAAAAAGGAGGCUGGAGAUUUGGAGGAGAAUGAUGAUGAUCUUGAAAAUAGUGAACUACUACAACUGGGCAAGUCUGUUCUCUUCAAGUGUCGAUCGAGUUCCAUGGAUUCGUCUACCAUUAAAGAGCCUCCUGCAGCAAAGUCGACUGUUAAAAAUAAUCUCUUAUCUCCAGAUGGGAAACGAAACAUGUUUUUAAAUGUCAACCAUUGUUUUCAGACCAAAAGAGGCUCGUUCCUGUCCCGGGGAGAUGGUGUCUUAGCAAAGCUUGCCAAAAUAACUGGACCUGCAAAAGAAAAUGUUCUGGCUGGAGCUAAAAGCAGUGGUAAUUUUGUGUUUUCUGCUAUCAGUCCUCCCAAAAAAGAAAUUAAAACUGAAGAUGUUGAAUCAAAGACUGGAAAAAGAAAAGCUCCUGUAGGUCUUGCAAAUCCAGCUGAUAAAAAGCCCUGCUUACUUCCCACUGCAAGGAAAAGAAGUGGGUUAUUUGAUCACCUAUGAGGGGGUUUAUCAUUCAAAUAUUAUGUCCCAUUUCUGGUGCUGCAUUGUGAUCUUGUAUGUGGUAUUGCACUUCUGAUAUCAUACUUGAUUUCAGUUCCUUUACCAUUCUAGUCUCAUUUUUUUUAUAAAAAAUUGACAUAUGUUAGUUAGCUUGUGAGUUUUCCUUUUCCUUUACUGGAAUAUAAACUAUUUGUAGAUCCCUCCUUCUCAUCUUCAUGUGCAUUGAAGUACGUAAUAUCUGGAAUGGAGGUUAAUUUUAAUUUUCCACUUUUUCUUUGUUGGAAAUUGAUGUCUAUAAUUUUAGUUUUUUUGACAAUAAUGAUGUUUUUCCAUAGUGGUAUUAAUGUGCAAUAUUUUCUUCUCGCUGUCAGUGUGUCAAUCAUCUUGUUAAUUACAUUUUUUGUGAACCAUAAUUUUAUUUUUUAAUUAGUAAUCUAGCAUUAAGCUUGUGAUUGUUCUUUGACAAUAUGUUUGAAUAUCAUGUCAGUAAGGAGGUAUUAAAAUUUUAACAAGUGUAACUGA